AUGGAUUUGGAAGCUGAGUCGGAUCCGCACUUAAUGGCGGCGUUGCUAUUUUUCAAAAUAAUCCCAAUGGGAGACUCCGAUCUGUCGGAUUCGCAGGAGUCGGAGCCUGUGUUGGAACUCCAAUCACUCAUUGCAACAAAAAUCCCACUCGACCAACUCAAGCGGGAGCUCAUAUCACACAUCCAGCAUAUAUACUCCAUCGUGGUCUCUCCAGAGUCAAAGUCAAAGUGGGAGCAGAAGCCUAAGGAUCUUAUUUGCUUAUCCUCUCAAUGGCAAUUGCUUUUCGAUCAAGGAAUAUUCUCUGUCACUGGGAAAGUCGAGUGGAGCAGCGAGAGCAAUGAGGAAUGUUGGUUCAACGAGAGGAAGCAAGGCAUCUAUUUCCUCUGCCGGAAUUGCAAUGGCAAGUACCAUCAAGAAUACCAAAAAGCUCCCGUUGAGAUCAACCACCAUCUCCAUCCUAAACAUCACCUUCAGCUUGCAACCGCGGGCUUGUUAGACAGAAGCAGGGAAUGCUACUGUUGCGACCGAGAUCUCUUGUGGGUGUUUUACUAUUGCUCCGCUUGCGAUUUUGCUAUGAAUGUGGCUUGCGUUGAGAGGCCACCACUCUUAUUAGCUAUAGACCAUCCCAAGUGGCAUGAGCACACGCUUGCUCUGUUUACGAGGCCGGCUCCUUUGAACUGCAGCCUCUGUGCCUUGCCUGAUUUGAGCUCUCCUGUCUACAUGUGUCCUCCUUGUGGCUUUGUGGAGAUUGGUCUUGCGGUGUUUGUCGCAGAAAGAUCGACAAUGGCUAUGGAGGCUAUUCUUGCAUCAAGGAUGGUUGGUUGUUCCUAUGCUGCUCAUUCGAAAUGUGCCACACAGAGCAACGUGUGGGAUGGUAUAGAAAUCGAGGGAGAGCCGGAAGAAGUCGAAGACGAGGAGGAUGUUCUUGAACCGUUUGUGAGGAUAAGCGACGGAAUCAUACAGCACUUCAGUCAUGGGCAUCAUCAUUUGAGACUUGAUGACAACACGGGAGGAGAUUACGACGAUAACAAGCAGUGUCAAGCAUGCAUCACGCCCAUCUAUUUCGGUAGCUUCUACUCAUGUACGCAGUGUGACUUCAUACUACACGAAGCAUGUGCGAAUCUUUCUCGCAAAAUCUACCAUCCGAUACAUCCACAUCAGCUCACUCUGGUCGGAGAACAUGAUGCUGGCACGAACGAUUAUAAUAUAUGUGCAGCUUGUCCUACUUAUUGCACCGGCUUCUCCUAUAAGUGCAGCAAAGAAGGAUGUCUCUUCAAAAUACACGUGCAGUGCGCCACAAUCUCUGAGCCACUAGUACAUGAAAGUCAUACGCAUCCUUUGUUCCUAACAUCUAAACCAGGGGAGUGGAGAACAUGUACGGUGUGCAAAGAUUAUCUAUAUAAUGACAGGGAAACAUUCAAUUGCAUAGAGUGUGACUUUGCUCUGUGUUUCGCAUGUGCUACUUUACCUCAAAAGGUAAGGUAUAAGUAUGAUAAGCAUGUGCUCACCCUUUCUUAUGAGGAGGAGACAAGUAGCACUGCGUAUUGGUGCGAAGCUUGCGAGAAAGAAAUAAAUACGAAAGAACGGUUUUACACGUGUGGUGAGCAUUGUUGUGUGACUCUGCAUGUUGAAUGUCUGCUUGGGCGGACGUUUUACAUGAGGCCAGGUUCAUCGUUUCCCUGUUCGAGUAAAAGAUAUGAUGUUGUGCGCAACAACCACAUGUCUCGACCUAUUUGCGACCGUUGCGUGGGACUUGCGGAGGCGAAAGUGGGAGUCAACAAACCAGAAUUGCUCCCUAAAGAGUUCACUUCUGUCAUAGAUGUUGCUGGUUUCCUCUCUGACGGCCAGGAGAAAAGGAUCGCUAGUGAAAUCGCUGAUCUUGAGAAAGAUACGGGAUUCAAGCUGAGAGUCUUGGCUCAAAACUAUCCUGUUACACCCGGACUAGCAAUCAAGGAUUUCUGGCAAGUGGACGAUAGCACAAUUGUGUUUGUCGCUGACCCGACUUUUGGGAACAUAUUGAAUUUCAAUGUUGGGGCUACGGUUGAUUUAGACAUACCUCGUAGCUUCUGGAGUCGACUGGCUGGGAAAUACGGCAACAUGUUUUACUGGAAAGACAAGGCAAGAAGGAACCACAACAACACUCUGUAUUUAUGUAUUCUCGUCAUGCCUCUCUUAAUUGUGACCAAUAUACGUAUUGUCUUGAAACCAGGGUGA